UCAGCCUCCUGAUGGAUUUCAGCUGCUCACACAGGAAAGGCAAACAGCAGUUAAACUGAAACUGUGAAGCACUAAGAGAAGUUUAACAGACACAGUUUAGGUCAUAAAAUGCCAGAAAAGAACAGCAUUAGCUUUAAAAGAGUGCUGCUCAUAUCUCUGCUGAUAUUUGGGAUAUUUUGGAAGCAGUGUGACUCGCAGGCAAUGAGAGAAGAAGCCAACAAGCCUCCAGGUCGUGGAGGAGACGGCGGCGCCUUCUUCGCCCUGCAGACCUGCCACCAGCUGCUGCGGGGCGACACCGGCGACUUCUUCUCCCCGGACUACAUGUGCUCCAACCCCCCGCUGUGGUGCAACUGGACCAUCCAGGUGGACCCUGCAAAGAGGAUCCACCUGCACCUGGAGGACCUGACCCCUGACGACGCCUGCCACCUCAAAGAUGACCAGGUGCACGUGGACGAGCCCGCCGGACAUGUAUUGGAUACCAACGUCCUGCAGAAGUGCUGGAGGGUGGCCAAGUAUACCUCGUCCUCCAACACUCUGUACGUGGUGCUGCUGAUUGGGGGCUGGCCCACCCCACCCUAUAGGGGCUUCUACGGACGCUACCAGUCCUUCGGACUCCCGGUGGUUUACAACCCUCAGGAGGGAUCCCCAGAACCAAACAGGAAGUCACAGCCCCUUCCUCCUGGACUCAUGGAGUUAAAUGAUCUUGAUCUCAUGUAUGAUUACAACAAUCAGCCUUCAGACAUGACGGCCGAGCCGCCCUGGGAGGAAGAGGAGGCCAGGGACACUGAGAUGGCUGAAAACCACCCUCCAGCGUUGGAGAACAACAACCGGUUCACAGCCGCCCCCUCAGUGGGAUCAUCCACACAGCACACGUCUCGGUGGGGCAGAGGAGCCUCUCAAGCCUCCUCAGACCCGCUGGACUCAGCCGUCCCUCCACAGCAGGAAGAGGACGGUCAGAACCUGGUGCUCAAACCGGAACCCACUGAAGGAAUCCCGACAGCUGCUGUGGAGGAAGCUUCCACACAUCCAGAGGAAGCUGCAGAGGAGGAGAGCCGGACGGAGGAGAGCCGGACGGAGGAGAGCCGGACGGAGGAGAGCCGGACGGAGGAGAGCCGGACGGAGGAGAGCAGGACGGAGGAGAGCAAGACGGAGGAGAGCAGGACGGAGGAGAGCAGGACGGAGGUCAGCGAGGCCUCGGAUCAACUUCCUGUCUCUGAGGCUCCAGAACCUGAACCAGAGGAGACUCAUCCUCAGCCCAACAUGGUGGAGCCGCUGUCAGACCAGAGAGGGCACCCCCGCAUCAGAAAUCACUCUGAACUUUCACAUCAUCCUGGCGAUUACCUGUUUGAGGUGGCUGUGGAAGUGAACUUCAGGCCAGAUGUGGAGGAGAGCUGGGACAACCUGGCCAUGUCUCUGCUGCUGUCUGUGGAGGCUCUGAUCAGUAAGCAGCUGGAGGCUCUGCAUACGCCGGUGUCCAUGUCAUCAGAAAGAAUUAAAAGGCUGAGUGCAGGAGCGCUGUACAUCCUGUGGCUGCAGCUGGAUCAGGGUCCUAGAGGUCUACAGGUCCACAUGACGGUGCACUCCGCCCUGCAGGGACUCAUGUCAACACACGUCGGUGUCAGAGGAAACAGCAGGAAGGCUGUCAUCCUCUCCGUGUCCACUGCAGAUGUGGACGAGUGUGUGACGCAGCUGGUCCGCUGUGACGUUAACGCAGACUGUGUGAACCGCUUCGGCUCAUACUCGUGCCGCUGCAGGCCGGGCUUCCAGGACGAGUCCCACCUUGGGUCAGCAGGAACUGUGUGUGUGGAUGUGAAUGCUGCAGGCUGCAGCUCCUCCUCGAGUCUCGAGGCGUCUACGUUCUCUUCUUCCUGCUCAGCUCGCUGCUGCUGGUGCUGCUGGGGGCCGCCGGCCUGAUGUACCACCGUCACCACCGGGGGGCCUUCAUGCUGCGGGGCCACGCUGACCCCAACAACAACAACAACCAUCAUCAUGUUGACUCUGACCUGCCCCCCCCACCUCCCCCUGCCCGGGGCUUAAGGGAGGGCUGGCCCCUGGGGAAGGAGCGCCCCCCACCGACUGUGGACGUCCCGCUGCUGCGCUUCAGCACGCUGGUGCCGCCGGGGGAGGGCGGGAAGAUGUGAACCACACACUGUCUUUAAAACACUUUUUAUUUAAAUUAAUUUCUGUUUGAUCUGAAGCUGUUCACUGUGGGAAUUAAAUCUCAACUGAACAGCGAGUGUUUUCUGACUCUGCUUUUUCACACGUUUUUCUUUCUACUUUUUAACGCCGACAAAAAACUCAAGGAGACGCUUUUAUAACGGCUCCUGUUUCACAUUUCCUUCAUCUCAUUUAUCACCGGAUUGAAUAACACAGAACACACACUGUGCUUCCACUGUUUGGCACUUUUUAUACUAAAAUAAUUAGGAUUGCAAAGUUUUACAAUUUGUGAUUCAAACACACUCAUUUUUUACUAUUUGAAAUACAGAUGAUAGAAAGAACGAGAAAUAAAAGGCUGGGCUUAAUGAAUGUUAAAAAUCCCAAUUCUAUUGAAAAACAAAAGCUCAAUAUACAAAACAAAAUGUUUCAAAGCAAUGUCAAACAUAUAAUGUACAAAAGAAAACUCUCUUUUAUAAAAGUUAGAAUGGCAUAUAAGUAGA